UAAUGAAGCGCCUAGAUAAUUAUCUUCAAUUAGGUUUAAACUUUAAAUUGAUAUACUAUAAGUGCCAUUUUACGGUACUUUUAUGUCAUAAAAUCAUGCGAUAAGAUCCCAUCUAUCAGAUAACGUUGUCAAAUUUUUAAAAAUUGGACGCCGAGCGUUAUCGAUGGUGUACAUUAGUGUGAUGCUUUUUUAAUUAAUAAUUGUGAUAAUUUUAAGUAAACUGACUUUAAUCAAGGAAAUAUAAUAAUAUGAUGAUUUAAUUUAUAAAAAGAAUAUGACGUGGAAUCCUUUAAAGAAAAAUCAUUUGACUCAAAGACCUACACCAGCACCUCCUUUGUUAUCUCAUACAGAAGAUAGAGAGCUUGAUGUUGCCGUUCAAAAGCUCAUUUAUGUUGAAGACACAAUUAGAAAGCUAACAAAAGAAAUGAAAAGGUACAUAGAGUCUAUAUUAAACUUGGAUCGAGCAGAUCAGAGAUUAACACUAAAUUUGACAACUUGUGGCUUAGCGCAUCUUAGCGACGAAUUUAGAAAAGUAGUAGAAGAUUAUCAUUCAGUCACAACACAGGUUGGAAAAACUGUGCAAGAAAUGGCAGUACUUUGUCAGAAAACUUUUAUAGAACCUUUAAAAAAGUUACGAGACGAGUUUGUUUUAAUAGCUGUAGCAAUAGCCAAACGAGAGGAGUUGGUAACUGCUUGGAAAUACUCUUAUAAUCGCGUGAAAAAGUUGCAAGAGAAAAAAGAUAGAACCGCUAGUCAUAUUGCGAAAUUAGAAAGAGAACGUCGAGCUGAAGAAGCUGCUGCUAAGGAUUUAAAGACUGUACAUGCUCAAUUACUUGUAGAACUACCCCUGUUUUUAGAUAAGAGAUUGGAAUACAUUAAGCCUAGUGUACAUGCUUUAAUCAUGAUACAGUUAGAUUACUAUGGAAAUACAACACAAUUAUUUACACAUUUAAUGCCAGUUCCAAAUGCUUCAGGAUCCCCGUCUAGCGCUAUGAUGCCUGAACACGAAUAUCAACAAGCAGUGUCUAAUCAAAUGAAUAGAAUAAGAGCUCUUACCAUUGUUAAAGAUCACUGAAGAUCGUAAGGAUCGUUACAGCAAUAAUACAGUAUGACGAUAUUGUGUAGGGGUUCAGGUACUAUGGAGGUAUGGGUACGAAUGUAUUUAUCACAUGGCAGUAUUUACACUGUUAUUGUAAAAGUAUAAGUAGAUUUAAGAUGGAAUCAUUCCUUGAUUUCGUUUGUACUGAGCACCAGAACGACGAUUAUGAUUAGCUUGCGUCGAUUUAUGGGCAUUCUUUUGUUGUCUGUUGUGCAUGACGUUCUUCUCUUGCCCUCGCCCUUUUGGUUUACCUAUGUAUAAUGCAAUAAUAACAACUGUUACAAUAUUUGUAACGCCACCUUACUGCGUUACACAAAUGCUGUACGCAAAUUAAAAAGCAUACCAGUUACAUUUGGUGUAGAUUUUCCGCCUCGCAUUGCUUGCCUUCGUUGUUCAGCUCUAGCACGUAGUUCUUCCGGAUUCUGUACAAAGUGAUCUUUUCCAUUUUCUACCGCCGUCUCUUCGUCCUCUGAUUCCGAUUCAUCUACAGUUUCUACCUUCUUCUUUCCAAGAAGCACCUAAAAUUAUUGCUCGUUUUAAAAAUGAUUGUAACUAAUACUUGUUAGUAAUAAAUGUGUUAUAUAUUUAUAAAUACUAACUCGUGGUGUAGUGAACGGUCUUGAAUCUAUUUCAACGGAAUUGUCUUGUGCAUUGCCGCGUAUAUCACGAUUGUCGUACGUAUCGUCGUACUCAUCUUCGUAAUCAUCUAAGACAAGGCUGUAGCUGUAAUAUAUUUUUUGUUAGACUCAAUAAAAAUAUUUUUAUAUGUUGUGCGUAUUAA